GCUGCACCAACUACAACCACAGCUUCCCCAACUACAACCACAGCGACACCAACUACAACUGCCCCAACUACAACCACAGCAAGCCCCACUAAAAAUACAGUUAGCCCCACUACAAGUACAGCUACCCCAACUAAAACUACAGCUGCCCCAACGACAAACACUGCUGCACCGACUACAAAAACUGCUGCACCAACAACUACCACAGAAGCCCAAACUACAACAACAGCUUCCCCAACUACAACAACUGCUGCACCAACUACUACAACUGCUGCACCAACUACAACCACAGCUGCCCAAACUACAACUACAGCAAGCCCCUCUACAACUAAAGCUGUACCAACUACAACCACAGCUGCACCAACUAAAACUACAACUUCCCAGACUAUAACUACUUCCCCAACGACAACAACUGCAGCACCAACAACUACCACAGAAGCCCCCACUACAACCACAGCGUCCCAAACUACAACUACAGCUGCACCAACAACGACAGCUUCACCAACAACCACCACAGGUGCCCCAACUACAACCACAACUAGCCCCACUACAACUACAGCUGCAGCACCUACAUACUGCCCCAACGAGAACUGCCACACCAAAAACUACCACAGAAGCCCCCACGACAACCACACAAGCCCCACUAAAACCAAAGCUAGCCCUACUACAACUACAGCUACCCCAACUACAACUACAGCUUCCCCAACCACAACAACCGCUGCCCCGACUACAAAAACUGCCGCACCAAAAACCACCACAGAAGCCCAAACUACAACCACAGCAUCCCAAUCUACAACUACAGCUUCCCGAACUACUACAACUGCUGCACCAACUACAACCACAGCUGCCCAAAAUACAACUACAGCUAGCCCCACUACAACUACAGCUGCACCAACUACAACCACAGCUGCACCAACUACAUUCACAGCUUCCCCAACUACAACUACUUCUCCAACGACAACAACUGCAACACCAACAACUACCACAGAAGCCCCCACUACAACCACAGUGUCCCCAACUAAAACUACAGCUUCCCCAACUACUACAACUGCUGAACCAAAAACCACUGCUGCACCAACUAAAACCACAGCUUCCCCAACUACAACCACAGCGACACCAACUACAACUACAUCUGCCCCAACUACAACCACAGCAAGCCCCACUAAAAAUACAGUUAGCCCCACUACAACUACAGCUACCCCAACUAAAACUACAGCUGCCCAAACGACAAACACUGCUGCACCGACUACAACAACUGCCGCACCAACAACUACCACAGAAGCCCAAACUACAACAACAGCUUCCCCAACUACAACAACUGCUGCACCAACUACUACAACUGCCGCACCAACUACAACCACAGCUGCCAUAACUACAACUACAGCAACUUCCCCAACUACAAGUACUGCCCCAACGAGAACUGCCACACCAAAAACUACCACAGAAGCCCCCACGACAACCACAGCAUCCCCAACUAAAACUACAGCUUCCCCAACUACCACAACUGCUGAACCAACAACAACUGCUGCACCAACAACAACCACCGCUGCCCCAACUACAACCACAGCAAGCCCCACUAAAACCAAAGCUAGCCCUACUACAACUACAGCUACCCCAACUACAACUACAGCUUCCCCAACCACAACAACCGCUGCCCCGACUACAAAAACUGCCGCACCAAAAACCACCACAGAAGCCCAAACUACAACCACAGCAUCCCAAUCUACAACUACAGCUUCCCGAACUACUACAACUGCUGCACCAACUACAACCACAGCUGCCCAAAAUACAACUACAGCUAGCCCCACUACAACUACAGCUGCACCAACUACAACCACAGCUGCACCAACUACAACCACAGCUUCCCCAACUACAACU